CUCAGUCGUCAACCAGAUGUGACACAGCGCUUCGUUUGAUUCUAUCCACUUUUUUAUUUUCGGCUAAAUCCCUUUUAAAACAUUUCGGGUCAAAAUUACAAAACAACAAAAUUUUUUAAAUGUCGCUUUGGAAACCAUUGCUAAGUCCUGCGCUACGUUUGCCUAUAUGUCUCAAUCGUCGUAUAUUAUCAAAUGCUAGUGCGCCUCGACGCAGUUAUGCCAAAAAGCACAAUCCCUCGCCCAAAUGCGGAGGCCCGGGAGACGAAUCAUGCGGCAUGUCGGUGAAGAAUGCUUGCAAGACAGAAAUACCUCGACAGGCGAAAAAUAUUGAGAAAGAGUUUCCGUUCAUGCACUUGAUACAAUUUCCCAAGGAAUGCUGCGACAACUUGUGCAUAGACAAGGACUUUCCUAGCUUUGACGAGUGUUUCUACAAGGUGUCGGAUAAGAACAAACGAAAGUAUCAGGUCACCUGGGUGGAGUGUCCGCCAGUAAAAAUUAAGCCAAAGAAAAUCUGCUGCUUUGCCAAGGCCAAGAGACCGCCCAUACAGCGUCGUAAGCCCGCGCAGAAGCCAGAAACCGCCUGUCCAGUGGAACAAGAGUGUGCGGACCAGAAUUCACUGGGCUGUCCGAAAAUCAGAAUGCCUGGCUGCAAAGCUGUGCGCAGCAAUGUCAAAUGUUUCAUUCAGCGCGAGCCAACGGACUGUACAAAGGUGAAAGCGCCAUAUCCGGCGUUCUCAGAGUGUAGAAAGCCCAGACCGCGUAAGAAGGCCAGAGUUGAAUGCGAUUGCCUGGAAGCUGUCUCAGUAUGUGAAGUUAUGGAAGAGAUGGAGCGGAGGCGGCGUUCUGGUCGCUUGAACAAGAAACCAUGUGGCUAAGCAAUGAAACUCAAUUUGUGUGUAGCUCAUUUUCAAAAUUCUCAGUUGCCCAUUUCGGAUGGAAGCGUAGAAAGCGGAUAGUAAAUCAGACGACACAAACAGAUAACACACACUUUUUAUAAUUGAAUAAAAUAACAAGCGAUAAACAUAAA